AUGGCAACGCCGUCGCCUUUGGCUUUCAGGGGUAAAACGGGACCCGCCAGAGUCUCGGCUCUGAUCCUACGCUGGACGUACCGGCAUCUGGCUGGCUCUGAAACGAAAAAGCAGGAAAGCUUUCCUGAAGAGCGUCUCCAGGCUCUUGCAAUGGGCCCAUCAAUGGAGAUUGGGAGCUAUUCGCUCGUGGCGGUAUCCGAGGCAGCUGAAUGGCUGGAUCGAGAUAACUCCCAGGCAGGCCAGGCCGCGCAUCCGGGCACAUCCGCGACCUGGGCUCUUGCGAGAGCUGACCUCGAGCGCGGAGGGAGCGGGCUAGUGUGCUCUGUCGGGUCUGUCACAGCGGGCUCAGCGGGCUCAGUGGGCUCAUUUCACCCCAAGUGGACCCUCCGUCAGGUCGCCAAUCUGGACUUUGAAGCCCGAGUUCCCGUGCCCUUCAGCAUCUUCCCUUCGUCUUACAAAGACAAGGCUGAGGCCGUCGAGACCACCACCCAGACCCACGAAGAGGUCGAGAUCAAGCUUCCCGCCAAGAAAGCCGGACGGGAAGGUCAAUACUCUUCAUCCUCUGCCUCUGUCCACCUCCCUCCUCGCGGAGAGCAACGCUACAGCGAAGAAGAGGUCCGUAUCACACGUGAAGAGGAACGUCACCACCGUCCCGGUGUCCACCGCGAGUACUACGAGGAACGCAAGCCUGCUACUUCCUACUCCGAGACUUUCGUCGAGGUUGACCGCCAGCACCGCCCGCAGUACAGCGCCAUUGAUCAGAUCGAGCGCCAAUACCGCAGCCGCUACCAGCCCUCUUACCAAGAGGACGUCCGCGUAGGCACUACUGUCGACGCCCACAGCUCGCACGCUUCUCGUCCCGUCUACGACGAGCAAGUCCGUAUCACCGAGACUACCGUCGACGCCUCCAAGCCCCAGCCUUCCUACCACAAGGAGACCAAGGUUGUUGAGGAAACCGUUGAGUAUCCUCGCUCAUUCCACUCCGGCGCUCAAAAGUCUAGAAUGGGAUAUUACGACGAAGACGGCCACUACCACAGUUUCCGCCACGGUCUUCACAAGAUGGCCGACAAAGUUUUCCACCACCACCACGACCACGUCGAGACUCGUGCUCCCCGUGUUGUGUCGUCGGAGCCGGCGGCUAUCCCCAACACCGUCACCAUCCCCUGCCACCACAUCCGCAUGGGCGACAUCCUGAUGCUCCAGGGCCGCCCUUGCCAGGUCAUCCGCAUCUCUACCUCGGCUGCCACCGGCCAGCACCGUUACCUCGGUGUCGACCUGUUCACCAAGCAGCUGCAUGAGGAGUCGUCCUUCGUCUCCAACCCUGCCCCCAGCGUCGUCGUCCAGACCAUGCUCGGCCCCGUCUUCAAGCAGUACCGUGUCCUCGACAUCCAGGAUGGCUCCGUCGUCGCCAUGACCGAGACUGGUGACGUCAAGACCGGCGUCCCCGUCACUGACCAGUCUGGCCUCUGGAGCCGCCUGUCCAAGUCCUUCGAGUCUGGCCGCGGCAGCGUCCGUGUCCUCGUCCUCAACGACGGUGGCCGCGAGCUUGUCGUCGAUGUCAAGACCAUCCACGCUUCCAGCCUCUAA